AAUCGGGCCUCCCUCCAACCGCCUCUGCGCAGGCGCUGCUGAGGCCACGCCCUCUAACCGGGGUCUGGGCUAGGUUCCCUCCCCCCUUGGAAGAGCACCGCGCAGGCGUCCCCUGAAGCCACGCCCACACCCCUGAUUUGCCACCACCUCUGGGCGAAGGAUUACGCAGGCGCUUUCGAGACGCGCCGGACCACCUCACGCACCAUCCUGAGCACAGAACCACGCAGGCGCUAACUGCCCCGUUUGCCAACAGUCCACACCCUUCUAAGCAGCCACUAGGAUACACCCCUGGGGCUAGUGCGCAAGCGCCGCUCUCCCAACUCGCGGUCGGCGGUCUCGUGACGCGUGCCCGGGACGCGGCGGGAGACCGCGGGGAUUACAGCCGGAAGUUCGGCGCCCAUCACCAAAGAGUGCGAGUUAGGCUGGCUAGCUAGAGGGGCUCGUUUCCGUCCCGCCGCCGGGCGGGGGCGGCCAUCUUAGGUGCAUGCAAUUAAGGGCUGUGGCGGGAUUGGCCCCGCUCUGGGCUCGUCCGCUGCUCCCCGCCUACCAGGGCCAGAUCCGGAGCCCUUCCCCGCGGGGCGGGGACCGCACUGCCGCCGACUCCUUUCCAGGUGAAAGGUGACCCUGCUAAAGAGACACUUUAAUUCUGGAAAUAGCGACUUAAUAUCAUGGCCAGCAGCCUUAAUGAAGACCCAGAAGGCAGCAGAAUCACUUAUGUGAAAGGAGAUCUUUUUGCGUGUCCCAAGACAGACUCUUUAGCCCACUGUAUCAGUGAGGAUUGUCGCAUGGGUGCUGGGAUAGCUGUCCUCUUCAAGAAGAAAUUUGGAGGGGUGCAGGAACUAUUAAAUCAACAAAAGAAAUCUGGAGAAGUGGCUGUUCUGAAGAGAGAUGGGCGCUAUAUAUAUUACUUGAUUACAAAGAAAAGGGCUUCGCACAAGCCAACUUAUGAAAACUUACGGAUGAGUUUAGAGGCCAUGAAGACCCAUUGUCUGAAGAAUGGAGUCACUGACCUCUCCAUGCCCAGGAUUGGGUGUGGUCUUGAUCGUCUGCAGUGGGAAAAUGUAUCUGCAAUUAUUGAGGAGGUAUUUGAAGCAACAGACAUCAGAAUUACUGUGUAUACCCUCUGAACAGAUGAACAUUUUGGAUAUGUCCAUGUUCUACUGUAUCAUUCCUGUUGGGCCAUAGGACUGGGCAAACUGACCUCAAAGUGGGCAAGAAAAUUUCAUGCAAGAUAGUCUGUUUCACAAGCCAGACUUGGGUUGCUAUAUGUCAGUGUUUGGACUGGGACCCUGGAAAGAGGGAUUGUUUGGGAUAUGCCAUUGUGUUUGUUUGUUUUUGCAGGAAAGCAAGGAGUAAGUGGCCUGAUACUAGGCAGGGAAACCAGAUGGUUUCCUCUGUGACCUCUUGUUUUGCUCCAGUAUACUACCUGAUUUGUUUGGUUGGCCACUAGGUGGCAGCAUUGAUUCUACUUCUCUGCUUUUUAAGAGAAAUUUCGGGAAGGAUGAAGAUGUGAGUGAGUUUACGUAUCUUGUUUGUACACUUAAUUCGGUGUUAUCGUUCAUGUCAUCAAAUUCAACCUAGGAGAGAAUUUUGGAUUAUUUCUUUAUUUUAAUUACAAAAUUGAGUCCUACAUUGUUAAGGAAUUUGCUGACAGAAAUGGAAAAAUAAAUCUUUUUCUUGGGGUUCAAUGAA